ACUGGGUAUCCUCAUCAACUCGACUACAAUUACCAUACAAGAAGAUACUGAGCUUCACCCACCUCUUGUACAGUUCAAAAUGGCUACUCGACGCAUUGUUGCUACUGAAAAGACCUUCCUUGAUAAGGAUGAUCCCAUUGAUGAAAACUCUAGUACUGCUCCUGCUGUUCCUAGCCAAGUCAUCUAUAAGCUUCUAGCAUUCACCUUUGCCAUGAUUGUGGUCCCCAUCGGUUCCUAUUUCCUCAGUGUCAAUGCCAUCUUUAGAAACUCUUCUCUUGCUGGUGGCUUGGCUGCUGUCUUGGCCAAUGUCGUCCUUGUGGGAUACAUUAUUGUAGCUAUGAAAGAGGACCAGUCGGACAAACAAAAGCCAGAGAGCAAGAAGGACAAGUAGACACACAUCUGACAUCACGGUCGCUAUAUCAAGUUAAUUCACUCUUCAAUAACUUUCUAUCCGGCACAAGAAUAGCCUCAGGGGCAUCCGUCUCAAUUAUUUUCUCA